AUGUACCACCAACAGGUGUUGUCAUCAGCAGGCGUAGGAGUCAGCAUGUCAGGACUGGGUGUGUUGCUGCUGCUGCUGCUGGGCUGCGUGUGUCUUUCCCCCGGCCCCCCCAGCGUGCUGGCUGUUCCCCUCAGUGCUCACCGACUGUGUGGCGUUCACCUGGUCGAUGCUCUGCUGCUCGUCUGCGGGGAGAGAGGACUCUUCUAUCGGCCCGGAAAACGCGUCCGAGAGGAAAACAUAGGCCUACGUGUCAUGAUGGACAGCGCCCCGUCUCUGGAGGAGACCCGUGUCAUCCUAGACAGCAGGGGGGGCCGAGCUCUCGGCAGCACCAUAGCCAAGAGAGGCAUCGUGGAGCAGUGUUGCUUUUUCUACUGUGACUUCUAUGACCUGGAGAACUACUGUAACACUUAG